AUGGCAAUCAUGCGCCCUGCGGUCUUCUGGAAGACCGAGAUGCAGCAGCAGCGCUUCUCCUUCUCUCGGGCAUUGAACCCGAGCUACUGUUACCGCGGGCUGCCCCUCGCAGUUGUUUCGAUCGCUCCGAUCACAUGCAUCCAGUUUGGCGCGACUAGCUUCUUCAGCUCCUGCCUCAAGGCCUUUCGGGGCUCCGAGUCGCAAGUCCGGGACACGGACAAGAUCCUCGCCGCGGUGAUGGCUGGGGCCGCAUCGGCGCUCUUCCAGUCGCCGACGCAGCUCAUUGAGGUCAACCAGUCGAACCAUGGAUCCUCGAUGUUUGCGACAGCCAGGAAAGUCAUCUCCCAGAAUGGCAUAUUGGGGCUCUAUCGUGGCUACUCCAUGGGCGCCACUCGAGAAGGCAUAUUCUGCAGCUCUUACAUUGCCAUCAACCCUUCGAUCAAGACUUGGCUGCUGCAAGAGCGACCUGAGUUGUCUGAGGGUGCUGCAACUGCUGUGGCCUCCGUUGUCUCCGGGUCGUUGGGAGCUGCGCUGUCCCAUCCAGCAGACACGCUGAAGACGCGGUUGCAAGCGGGAGCCCUGCCUGUCCGCCCCGGAGAACCUGCAGAGGCGACUCGGAUCCGUGGACCUUGGGACGCUUUGCAGGACCUUCGCCAGAAGGGCAGCCUCUGGUCACAAUGCUACGCAGGUUUCUCCUCGCGGCUCUUUCGUGUGGUUUGCUGCACCUACAUCUACAGCACGCUGACAGAUGCUUGCGUCUCUCUUUGUCGGUCCAAUGAUGGCCUCACUCUGCGCGGCCAGCUGCAGCUUUCGCUGGACACGGUCGCGGAGACGCUCUCAUGA